ACAGGGGAAGAGGUGGUUAUUUUUCUUUAAUUUUUAAGUCAACAGUAGUGCCAGCACUCCAGGGUUUAAAAAAAUUAAAAUAUUGAGUGCCUCCUGCGAUCCAGGCACUGGAUUAAGAGCUUUAGGCAAGAUUAUUCUCCCCAUUUCACAGAUGAGGAAAUAGAGGUUCCCGUAACAGGCUCUAGCCUGGGUCCUCGCUUGGAGGUGCGGACAAUAGGAAGGGGAAAUUCUCGUGCGAUUCCUUCCUCGGAGGGGCCUCCUUAACAGCUGUCCUGCCGGCGUCGCCAGCUGCCCAGCCAGUUCCUGUCCCUUUAGGAGCCCGCGCCCGCCCCGCCUGUUGCUCCCGGAGCCUGUCCUUCUGCAGGGCCCCAGGCCCCCCACGGGCGGCAUGGAGUUCUCCGAACUGAUCCGUACUGGCCGGGCCCAAGCCGAGCUCUUGCGGGGCCCGGAGGCGCCCCCGCUGCGCGGCACGCUGUGCGUCACUGGUCACCACCUGCUGCUUUCGCCAGGGCCCCAGGCGACCCCGGACCUGUGGCUGCUGCUGCUACGUAGUGUCGACUCCAUCGAGAAGCGGGUCGCGGGUGACUCGGGCACCAUCACGCUACGCUGUAAGGAUCUGCGGGUGCUCCAGCUGGACAUAGAGGGUGUGGAAGCGACUCUGGACAUCGCCCGCUCCAUUGAGGCGCUGUCCUCCCUGGAAUCGGUCAUCACCUCCUUUCCGUUCUUCUACUGUCCCAAGGGCCUGAGAUUGGGCGACGCCUGGCACUUCCACCCGCCCGAAAGCUACUACAAGCGAGUAGCUCGCGAGACCAACGCGUGGCGGCUGAGCGAGGUGAACGAGGACUUCAGCUUGUGCCCCAGUUACCCCCGCGCGGUGAUCGUGCCUCGCGCGGUGGGCGACGAGACCCUGGCGCGCAGCGCCCGCUUCCGCCAGGGAGGCCGCUGCCGGGUGCUCAGCUACUACCACCCUCCCAGCGGAACCGUGCUGCUACGCUCCAGCCAGCCGCUGACCGGCCCCCAGAAGCGACGCUGCGCCGAAGAUGAGGAGCUGCUGCGGGCAGUGUUGGCGGGGGCUCGGCCCGGGGCCCGGGGCUACAUCGUGGACACGUGUUCGGCCCAGGCCGCUAAACAGGCUCGCAUAACCGGCGGUGGCACCGAGGCCAAGGCCGCCUAUCCUGGCUGGAAACGGCUGCACCGGCCCCUGGAGAGGGGGCGGCCCCUACAGGAGAGCUUCGUGCGCCUGGUGGAGGCCUGUGGGGACCCGGAGCAGAGCAUGGACCGCUGGCUUAGUCGGUUAGAGGGCUGCCGCUGGCUGGCACACGUGAAGGAGGCGCUGAGUACUGCCUGCCUGGCAGCCCAGGGCAUGGAGAGGGAAGGGGCCUGGGUCCUUGUGCAUGGGGCUGAAGGCACAGACAGCACCCUGCUCGUGACUUCAUUGGCCCAACUCAUCCUGGACCCCAUGAACCGGACCAUGGCUGGAUUCCAGGAGCUGGUGGAGCGCGAGUGGAUCCAGGCCGGCCACCCCUUCCAGGUGCGCUGUGCCCACUCAGCCUUGUCCCACGCCCGCCCCAAGCAAGAGGCACCCACCUUUCUCCUCUUCCUGGACUGCGUGUGGCAGCUGGGCUGCCAGUUCCCGCUGUCGCUGGAGUUUGGGGAGGGGCUGCUGCUGGCGCUGUUUGAUCACGCCUAUGCCUCCCCUUUUGGCACCUUCCUCUGCAACAGCGAAAAAGAGAGAUGCCUGUGUGAAGUGAGGACUCGAACACACUCCCUGUGGUCUGGGCUCAACCAGCCAAAAGAACAGCGGAAACUCCAGAACCCACUCUACGUCCUCAAUCCCUUGGCCAUCUGGCCCUCUGUGGAGCCCCACCUGCGACUGUGGCAAGGCCUGUUUCUGCGCUGGACCCGCCCUCCUGAGCCUUCAGAGGUGGCAUGGGAGAAGGUGUGGCAAAUAGUGACAGAAAGAGAGAAGACAGGGGACUCUCAGCCAACAGCCUCAGACUCAGAGCCCCAAUCCUAAGCACUGGCUCCUUGGAUAGUGACUGAGAUGUUCCUGAGACCUCUCUAGGCCCCUUAGCGACUUCCGACCCUGGGUGAGGGUGCCUGCAACCCAACCUAGCCAACAAUACUGACAUUCCAGUUUUGAAGUGUCCAAAGUGUAAGGAGAAGGUCCAAAUAAUAAAGGUAUCCAUGAUUGGCA